UCACACUCCUCCUGCCUUCAGUGGGAAAAAUUCCUGCUGGAACAUCCAUGCUGGAUUGAGCUCGGGAAUUGUAGCGGAAAGCAGGCGUCUGUGAUACAGCGAGGGGAUUUCCCGCAUGUUUAUUCACAUAUCGUUCAGAAAGCCGUCAUGUUGAUGUGGAUCAUGGCUUCCUGAUCGGAUCCUCUUGACCCCUAUCAUCUCAUUCCCUGUACCCAUCAUUGGCUCAGUGAUGAACCACACACCCAGCCCCAGCCACAUGACGGAGGCCGCCAAGUCCGGGGCGGGCCUGUUGUGCGGCCUGGGCCUGGGCCCGGAUCGGGUGCGUUCCCCAGACAGCCUGACCCACACGCCUAGCCCCUCAGGAGGAACGCCCAGUUCCAGCCCUCCUCUGCUGCUCUCUCCAGGGCUGGCCUGUGAUGGUGUUAUCGGGGACUGGGAGAGCCGCGAGGAGCUGCGUCUACGCGAGCUGGAAGAGGCUCGGGCGCGGGCAGCUCAGAUGGAGAAGACCAUGCGUUGGUGGUCAGACUGUACGGCAAACUGGAGGGAGAAAUGGAGUAAGGUCCGUGCCGAACGCAACAGGGCGCGUGACGAAGUUCGGCAGCUGAGACAGCGUCUGGACGCCCUCACGAAGGAGCUGACGGGGGCGCGACGGGAACGUCAAGAGCUGGCAGCCGAAAACGAACAGCUGCGACAGGAGGCCCAAAGGGUUCGGGCAGAGCAGAGCUCACCAGUAGAUGCUUCUUCGGCAACUGCGUCCUCAACGUCCUCCAACCAGCCAACGGGAUCAGACGGCAAGCCGCACAACCAGGAUGAGGAGCGAGUGAGCGAUGGUCCAGGCUCUCCAGAGCAGGAACCUGUGAGAGAUGUGGGCACUGAGAAACCAGACAGGCAAAAGGAUUUGGAGUUAUUGGAGGCUCUUCUCAGGGUAAAGUCAGAGGCUCCAGACUCAUGGGACAUGCGCAGUGUUAGUAGCUUGCGUUCGGUUCUCAGUCGGCAGGACCGGAGCAGACUGCUGUGGGAGGACCUUGCUACACUGGAGGAAGACUCCAGCAAGCUCAACGCUCUCCAGCUGCGCCUGGACGAGUCUCAGAAAGUCCUGCUGAAAGAACGAGAGGAUAAACAUGCGCUCAUCAAGAACAUUGAGAAGCUGGAGGCAGAUCUAAACCAAUGGAAACUCAAAUAUGAGGAGCUAAACAAGACCAAACAAGAGGCCUUAAAACAGCUAAACUUGCUGAAGGAGGUACAUCAGGAUGAGCUGGGCCGCAUGUCUGAAGAUCUGGAGGAUGAGCUGGGUGCUCGUACCAGUAUGGACAAGAAACUGGCAGAUCUCCGUACAGAGAUGGAGCGUUUGCAAGUGGAAAACGCAGCCGAGUGGGGUCGGCGGGAGCGUCUGGAGACUGAGAAACUGGCCUUGGAGAGGGAAAACAAAAAGCUGCGUGCCCAGAUGGAAGACCUGGAGGAGCAGCUGGCACGCAAACGCAGGCAGGCCGCCAGUGCCCUGGACACUGACCUGAAGACUAUCCAGUGUGAGCUGUUUGAGAGAAACAAGGAACUGGCAGAUUUGCGACAUGUCCACUCCAAGGUUAAGAAGCAGUACCAGGAGAAGACGGCCGAGCUGGCACAUGCUAACCGGCGCGUGGAGCAGCACGAGGCAGAAGUUAAAAAACUCAGACUAAGGGUGGAGGAACUGAAGAAAGAGCUGGGUCAGGCUGAAGAUGAGUUGGAUGAAGCUCAUAACCAAACCAGAAAGCUGCAGAGAUCUCUGGAUGAGCAGGUGGAGCAAUCCGAAAAUCUUCAAGUUCAGCUGGAGCACCUACAAUCCCGGCUAGCACCUACCCGCAGCCAAUCCCGAGCUGCCUGGCAGUGGGUUACCGUAGUAACAGGGAGACUUGAAGCAGUGUUGUGGGCUCAGGCAGCUGGAGAGAACGGUGACAGGCUAAGGCGUCAGCAGAACCCUGGUCUCUUUGGCAAGAUGAGGACAUCAGCUCCAUCGCGUUUCGGGGCUGAAGAUGCCGAUGGACCGGCUAGUGACCCUGAUGAUGAGGAGGAGGAAUCGCUACAGCUUCAAAUCCCCUGAACAAAUUUCUCCAAACCUGGAAAUGUACGAAUGACUCAUAGAUCACACCCAAGCAUUUCACCUUCCCCUUCAUUUCAUCUCGGCUGAAACCAGAAGAGGACAUAGAUUUGAAAGGCGCUGUACUGUCUGUCUUCACACCCCUCAGUAGACAGAUAAACACAACAGUAAUGUCGACAAUGAACAACUUAAAGUUUGUGGCAGAGCCAGACCCUUGAUAUUUACAGUUUUUGAAGUCUUUUCUAAAAGUCUGCUUGUGUCUCCGUUGUUGGUUACAGUCCAAGAUGGCACAUAGAUUAUAGAAAUAGAUACGCAUCUAUGUUUUAAGGUUCGUUGAGUGGAUUUGUUGAGUUUUCCUAGCUAGCCCAUUUGAAGACUCCUAGAAGCCUCAUUAAAACGCAGCAAGCACAAGCAUGCCAAUGCACACACACGCUGAUCAAACCUUAUACAAGCCUUUUGUGAGCCGUUCACUGGAGAAAUGUUUAAGGUCUGAACAUUACAUUCCCAUCUUCAUUCUGAUCUCUGAUGACCUCUAAAGGCAUCCAUGCAUUCAUGCUUAUGUCUCUGCUGCAUGUCUACAUCCAUGUUCCCCGCCUCCUCUUUUUUUAAAAUACUUUUAAAGACCUGCAUUAUAAUAUUAUCUUGUCACCCAUUCAUUUUCUUUUUUUUGCCUUUUCUCCCAAUCAUUUUAAUUUCCCAUUUAAUCGUUUGUCUGCUUUCACACGCAACCCCCAUCCCAACUCUCACAUCACUAUUCAAAACAACCCAUUCAGAACAUGAUGGUUAUGUUUCCUGUGUCUGGGGAGCAUUUCAUUUCUGCUGCGUUGUUACUGAUGGGCAAGCUGGUGCUGUUGUCCCAGAGCUUUCUCGUGGCCACGUAAACGUGUUUCUUUGCAGUGGGGGAGUCGUCUUGUGUUAUGUAGGAAGUGGGGAAUCAUGGGUAGUUUGUGAACUAAUUAUUUCUGUUCGUGCAUUACAGGUGCACGGAGAAACACUUAAACAAACGUUGUGUUGAUAUAAAGCAGAUUUAAGCAAUAUGGUGCCGUCUACGCAUCAGCAAUGGGGACCAAUACUGACUAAUCUUCAACUUGGACAUUUAUACUGGUUAUUAAGUAUUUAUCUGAUGUUGUUUUUUACAAAAGUGGUCUGCAUUAAAGUUUUGUAUUUGUUUGUGUUUGUAUUUUACCUCUAUAAAUGUUAAGUGUAUAUACA